AUGAGCCCAACCGGUGGUUUCAGACCUUCCCAAACUGAAACACGCUGCUCUGCCGCUUGUAUUAGAGUGUCUGUUAGCUACUCGCUUGGAGUAUGCCCAAUUGCAGCAGUCCUAAGCGGGGAGAAGUGCUCACAUGAGCGCCGUGCCCGGUGGCAAUUAAUUUCCAGAGCAGUCAAUGUGACCCCAUCACGUGACGAAAAAACUCUCAUCUCCCUCGACCUGCCCUUUGAACAACCUCCACCGCACCAUACAGGCACGAGUAUCGUCGUACUGUAUACAUCCACACUAUACUGGACAACCUCGCGCUCCGAAGCGAACCUCUUAAGGUUGCGGAUCCAAAUAUCCAUUAUUGGAAGGAAUAACAGCUACCACUUGAACCUACCGUCCAAGUACAGAAAGCCGGCCGGGUGGAGGUGGAGAAAGCGGAUAAGAGCGGACCCGUGCAAUCUAUGGACCGCGUCCGGGGCGUUUUCAGUUUGA